AUGGAGGAUUGGAGACGAAUUGACAUUGACGCUCUCGAGCCCGAGAAUCACCUUUCCAAAGAAGACUUAGUGCCUGACUUGCCGCCUGUGUCGUACGAGGAGAUCUCCACUAUUUCCAAACAGGUGAGACAGUCUUUGUCUCUGGGUCAGUUCUUGCCGGCAUUGCAAUUGGCCUUGGACAAUCCUCCUUACGUUGCUGACGAGGCAACCAAAAACUUGCAUGCUGAAACCGUGUUUGAGAUCCUCGUAUCCAUCAAGAACAAUCACAGUGUAAACGAGUUCAGCAACAUAGUAAAGCAGCUAACUUCCGACCAGCAGGAUAACUUGGUCAAGUACUUGUACAAGAACAUGAACACGAGCUAUGGAGCUAAACAAGGAGGCUUGUUAUUGAGCUGGUUUGAAAAGACCGUCGACGUGACCGGUUUGGGACCAGUUGUUCGUUUCUUCUGUGACAGAAGAACGGUGUGA